AUGUCUACCUCUUCAUACACUCCAGUUGAUUUCAAAACUCAGCCUGAUUUUUCCGGAUCAACGUUGAUUAUUCCUUCAGUAUCGAUUGGGAAUAUUCCUCAGCUAACUAUUGAUUUACUCAUUCACACCUACUCGUUAACCAAGAUUGGCUACUUGGAUGACUUGUAUCUUUAUCCAUUUGCGUCACCAAUCGACUAUGUAACUUCAACUCCAGAGUACGGAAUAAGCCAUUCCAUUGAAGUGUAUUACUCGCCUAAGUUAAAUAUCACUGUUGUUCAACAACGAAGUCCGAUAAUACCCACGUACACACUGACUUUUGUUGACCAAGUACUUAUUCCAUUCAUAAACGCAUAUCGUUUCGAAAAUGUUUUGAUACUCAAUUCAUCAGAUGCCGGUUUAGUUGAAAGUGUCAACAGUGGCGAUAUCAAAAUAUACGACACUGAGGAUUUGAUCAGCACAAACUUGGAAAACUUGUCAUUAACUACUUCAGUACCUGAAUCAAAUGAUCCAAAGGAUAAAGAAGGAGAGAAAAACUCCAAAUUUGCCACGCUGUUGGCCAAAGCUAUCAUCUCUCAUAAUGGCGAAAGCGGCACUAAGUCGAUAAACAUAAAAGUGAUUGUCAGCUAUGUUUAUGAAGGUGACAAUUUUUACGAUGCUGAAAAGUCGGCAACUAAAUUGAAGGAAGUUUUGAACCUACAGGAAAAGGAUGGUGGUGCAGGUGAUAAUUGGACCAAGCCUGUUAGUUGGUUAGGUGCGUAUGGUGACAAGUCAGUGCCAAAUGCAAUGGAAGAGGGGAUAUUCGGUUAA